AGGUUCCAGGAAUAUAUAAAAGAGAAGUCACUGAAGCUGCUUUACCAGUCUGUGCGACACAGCCAAUGCAAUUCAGUAUAUGCUGGUUUUCUAUUGUCGGGGGGUAAACUCCUGAGGAGCGGAUGAAGAAACAAAUUUUGCUUUUAUUCACAUUCAGAGGACUAGUGAGUAAAGGGAAAAAGGGCAAAAAGAGGAAAUGGCCAAUUUCAUAUUACGGACAGCUGAACCCAAAGAUGUGUCUGAUAUCCUGCGACUCAUAAAGGAACUUGCUAAAUUUGAAGAGAUGGAGGAGAAGGUCAGGCUGACAGAGAAAGAUCUGCUUGAAGACGGCUUUGGGGAUCAUCCAUUCUACCACUGCUUGGUCGCGGAAGUCCCAAAAGAGCAGAGCUCAGACGGGUACACUGUAAUUGCCUUUGCCAUGUACUACUUCACAUAUGACCCUUGGAUUGGAAAGCUGCUGUACUUGGAAGACUUCUUCGUUAUGCAGGAGUUCCGUGGUCUUGGCAUUGGUUCACAAAUCCUGAAGGUUCUGAGUGAGACUGCAGUGAGGACUCGGUGUAGCAGCAUGCACUUCAUCGUAGCAGAAAACAACACAAAGUCUAUUGAGUUCUACAAGCGAAGAGGAGCGUCUGAUCUCUCCUCGGAGGAGGGCUGGCGUCUGUUUGAGAUUGAAAAGGAGGAGCUACUGAAAAUGACUGCCAAAUAGAGUAUACUGUUAAUUGACUUGUACUGGCUGUUGGUAAUAGCAAUAAUCCUAUUUGUCAGUGAUUUGGCACAGUCAGAAGUAAUAUAUUUACCAAUCAGCUGUUGCCUUUUGAUGAUAAACUACUUUUGCUAAUUUCAUUUCAUCUAAAAUUCAAAUCUCUGCUGAUAAAUGAAUGUGCAUUGAACUUUUGGAAUAAACACGCUAACUAUACUGAAGAAGAUUUUGUUUCAUUUGAAUGAUUCGUUUGGAGAUUUGAGAAAAGUUACCAAAGUUACCAAGUUAUUUUGUGUAUUUGUAAUUUCUAUCUUUGUAACCAACACAUGACCCCUCUGUUUGAUCUUGAGACUCUGAGUAAUUUGGAGUACUUAUUUGUAGAAGAAAGAUCAAAAUGUAAAAAUACUUCAUUACAUGUAAUAGUCAUAUUGAAAAUGUUGCUUAAGUUACUGUAAAGAGGUACUGUCAGCAAAAUGAUGUAUAACUGUUAUUAUAUUACUGAUGUAUUAUGGACGUAACAUUUUAACUGCGACUAAUCUGAACUAUUUUACAUACUGUUUGAUUUGAAACAUGGAUUGUGAGUUUUCAAGUAAAUGUAGUAAUGUAAAAAGUACAAAAGGUUCUUCUGAAAUAUGGAAUGAAAGAAAAUCACAUUUGUGCCUGAGUAAAUGUAUUCUGCCUAAAAAUUG